AUGAGCGGCGAGAUCAAAACUAUCGCUCGUGCCCUUCGCUCUGCGAGCCACAACACUCUUCCCAACGGCGAUCUUACCUUUCUCGAGAUCCAAGGCCGCCGCUUGAUCGAGAAGGUCUAUGAUGGCGAAGAGCUCAAGGACCAGCGGCUGGUUGCCUCUGGACUGAGGGAGGGCUCAACUGCAGGCUACGCCGUGGCCAAAGAUAAGACCUACGCUGUAUACAUUGGUGAUGAUAGCAUCAUCAAGGUCAGUGAGUUUGACGAGGAUUCUGAGGAGUGGGAUGAGUACGACCUCGAAGGCGCCGGUGAUGUCGCUAUCCAUGGUCAGGGCCACCUCACUGUCGCAGGGCUCCCUAGCAUGAACUUGGUGGUAUAUCAGGCACCUGAUGGAUCUAUCAAGAGUAUCAAGCACGAUAAGGAUUCUGAUAGCUGGACUGAAGAGUUUGACAUCCCUGGGUCCGCAGCAAUUGGAACUCCGAUUGCCGGGUUUUCGACCGACGAGGCUCUCAUUGUGAGCUUCUUCGGAGAAGACAAAGAGAUCCACGUUCACAGUCGAGACUUUGAGAACGGCGACUGGACUGAGGAAACCAUCAACGAUUCCUCCUUCGACGACACUGUCGAUAGCAUCAUCGUCGCCAAAGACAAAGACAGCGGCCACUUUGAGGCCUACGUCUUGGCCAACAACACGGUCUACAACAUCACCAAGACCGGGUCUCGCGACACCGUCGGUUCUUUCAGCGGUGAUGGCGACUUUGUGCCCUCCACUAAAGCUGAGUCCGGUGGCUGCUACGGCAACAACUGGGGCAACUAUUGCGGCGUUGUGGCUGUGGAUGUCCUCGUCCCCGCCGUUGCCCGCCUUGUUGGUAAUGUUGGGUGGGCAGACUGA